AUGCGAAAGUUGGAAUGGGACGACAUGGGAGUUAAGGUUGAUGGUCGGCAGCUACACCAUUUGCGGUUUGGUUAUGACAUUGUACUGAUAACACCUAGCGUCAGCCAAGCGGAACGAAUGGUGAUAGAAUUCGACGAAACAUGUGGAUGCAUCGGUCUUCAGCUGAAUCUACAAAAGACGAUGUUUAUGCGGAACGGAUAG